AUUGUGAAAACUCACACAAGAUAAGCGGAAAAAGUUGCCAACCCAAGCGAAAAAAUCCGACAAAAAUAAUAAAAUUCCUAGUCGACAAAACUCAGAAUAUCACGUAUCUGUCAGAUACAAAAUACAGUCGUAUCGUCAGUUGGAAAAUUCUGCAGUUGAGCGAAUCACGUAGGCCAGAGAAGCCAUGGAGGAGAACCACUAUUGGAGCAGCAAGGGAAUUCUGGUCAAGUGCGGCGGAUUCUCAUCGCAAUUGGCCAGGAAUGUUACCGAAAAGGUCGAUGGAGACCCCUUGUGGGGCUCCCGAUUUGAUGCCACCAAUCCGAAGGCUGUGAUCCAAACACAUCUGGAUUUUCUGCGCAUUGGAGCGGACAUCAUUCUAACCAACACAUAUCAGUCCAGCGUGGAGGGCUUCGUCAAGCACCUGGGUGUGAGCCAAGAGCGGGGUGUGGAACUGAUCCAAAGGAGUGUCCAGCUGGCCAAGGAGGCCAAAGAACAGUACCUAAAGGAAACCGGUUUGGGAUCAGACUCGCCUCUGCCCCUGAUUUUGGGCUCGAUUGGACCUUUUGGCGCCUGCCUGCACGACGGAUCCGAAUAUUCCGGCAAUUAUGCGGACAAGAUAACCAAGGAGCAGCUUCAGACGUGGCACAGGACCAGAAUCGAGAUUUGCUUGGCAGCCGGAGUCGAUGGACUGGCCCUGGAAACCCUGCCCUGCCAGUUGGAAGCGGAGGCAGUCACCGAAUUCGUACUGGACAACUGUCCGGACACCAAGUUUUGGGUCUCCUUUCAGUGCAAGGAUGAAGAGCAUCUGGCGAGUGGUGAAUCCUUUGCGAAGGCGGCUCUCACCGUGUGGCGUUUGGUCCAGAACCGGAAGGCGGAGGACAGGCUCUUUGGAAUCGGGAUCAACUGUGUGAACCCACUAUUUGUGACGCCUUUGCUAAAAUCCUUCACCAAAGCCGCAGGAUCGGAUCGCAUUCCGCUGGUGGUCUACAGCAAUCGGGGAGAAAUCUACGAUGCGGAUCAAGAGGAGUGGACGGGAACUGGCGAGGAAGUGGUCAGGUUUGUGCCCGAAUGGAUCCAGCUGGGCGUUCGCAUCGUAGGCGGCUGUUGCCGGGUCUAUCCAACGGAUGUACUGGCGAUCCGCAAGUACAUCGAUAGCCUCAACAUAACGCCGUAAUCAGUCGACCACUCCGAGCACUGAUAGCUGCCUUGUCGAUGAUGCGAAAGCCGUUUAGUGUGACUAGACCUAGACCUAUUUAGUGUGCUAAAUACAUACAAUGGUGUGCUAAAUGUACUUAGAUCAGAUGGGCAGCCUAAUCAGAGUGGAAUAAAGCGUCGACGGCUGGGAGACGAAAACAGAUUAAGCGGGCGGACCAAAGGUAAACAAGUGGGUGGGGGACAGGGGAUGGGAUGCGAUGGGAAUCGGAGCUGGCGGUCACCGUCACCAAGCGACCGUUUUCGCAAACCUAGCUCAAUUUAAGUCCGAAUCCAAAUCGGAGCAAUCUCUGAUUCAACUUAUACAUAUCAAAGUGCAUUUUCCCUCGUGAAACGAAUGUUUAUUUUGUACUUAAUAUUUCAACUUAAUCACAUACAUCUUGUUAAACUAGAUUUAAGUGAACUUAUCGUACCUAAGCUCUAAAAUCAAAAGGAGAUUUUAUAUUUGCAAGAAUUUAUGUAUGGAAAUAAACAUUUAAGAAAUAAAAUGCAUAAA